AUGGGUGAGAGCGCCUCAUCAACCACGCCGUCGACAGACUGGACCCAGCUACAGUUCGACACGACCCCCGUUGAUCUCCGCAAAUACCUCGAGACGCACCGCGACGCACAUCUGCAAUCGGACGCCCAGGCGUGCAUAAACGAAUUGGGCGCCCUCGCGUGGGAGUACUGGGAACCAGAAUGCUACGAAAGCCUGUUGCGAGUGGCUCCUUGGCUAGUCGGCUUCACGGUCGAGAACGGGGAUCUCGCUCCAGCGGGCCGCGCGUUGGCCGUGUUGCCAAAUCUAUGCACGCGGAUGCUUCUCCGGCUGGAUGUAAUUCUGUCGAACUGGCUGAUUACCUCGGUUUUCAAGACAUGGCUCCAAGGUUUUAGGCGACGAAUGCCUCCCAGUACGACAGUUGAGAGACCCGCCAGUCCGCGGGAUGAAAUCAUCUCUUUGCUGCGUGACGGCCCAGUCUCACCCGGUAAUCUCAGUGCGUUAUGGUAUCAGCUGCUGCAGAGCUACUCCGAUUUUGGCAAACAGUCGAUUUACCAGUUAUUCUCGGCCAAGGUGGCAGAGUUUUGUCUUGAGGCUGGGUGCCCUGCCGUCACACGAAACCCUUCUGCAGAUAUAUACUCGCUCAGAAAACAUUUGUUCUCAAACGACUCAGCAGCCCGUGAAGCCGAGCUCCGAAAGGAAAUCGAGGACCUCCGGAACGCGAACCGUUCCCAGCAGCGGAUAAUCACAAACCUGGCUUUUCGACAUCUUUUGGAGGCGCUGCCCGCGCGUGAUGCGAAAGCAGCGACGAGCGCAACGGCGGCGUGGACCGCCUUCUUCCAAACCGCCUUGAAAGAGGCGCAGAAGCAGCUUGAACAGGGCAGGUUGGACCACCCACUCAUUCCAGUCUUGAAGAAGUACCCCAAGGUGAAGCAGAUCGAGAACGUCGGGGCGAAUCUCUACGGCACCCUGAGCACCAACAUUCACCACUUUUCGGGCCAGUACAAGGUCCUCGACGAUCAGUGGAACGCGCUCGAGGUGGAUAUAUUGAGGGCGCUCACGCCCCUGGCAGAAAAUGAGACGGAGGCUGGGAUAGACUGGCGGACGGAAAGACUACGCUAUUAG